CAUCACUUCCUCUCCUGAAGUACAAUAUUCAGCAUGAACACCAAGGUCUUCGUCCUCAUCUGCCUGGCAGCCGCUGUUGCUGCAGACAGUCGGGAAUCUUUUGAGUCCUACGAGUCAGGUGAGGCUAAAUACGAUUUCAACUGGGCUGUCAAACAUGACGACUCCGGUAACGAUUUCGGCCACCAGGAGGCCCGUGACGGCGACCACACACAGGGAUCCUACUACGUGCAGCUUCCCGACGGCCGCCUGCAGACCGUCAGGUACGUCGUGGACGGCGACGACGGAUACGUGGCUGAAGUAAGCUACGAUGGCGAGGCUCGUUACCCCGAUUCAUACGAGUCAAAUGAAUCAAAAUAGGUUAUCUGACGGAUAUAAAUGACUUUUGAAAGAACCCAACGGCAGAGAUAUGCUCUUUUAUUUGAAUAUGUAAAUAAUUUUGUUAUAUAUUGAAUAAAGUUUGGUUUAAGCUGCAA